AUGUCGCGUCCGCUCACCCUCCACGUCUCCGCGCUCAACGACGCAGAGUAUGCUGCCUACACUGCGUCCCUCCACGACAUCGUCGAGCAGCCCCCGCCCGCCGUCGACUACGAUAAGCUCCAGCUCGGGGUCCGCGAAGCCAGGGCAUGGCUCCGCGGCCGCUACCCCGCCCUCACCCCCGCCUCCAUCGAUGCGAUCCUGCGCCUCUGGUCUCCGGAUCUGGCCCCCGCGGACACCAUGACCGCCGGCCAGUUUUUCGCCGCCCUCCGCCUUGUGUACCACGUCCUCGGAGGAAGGGAGAUGGACCCAGCGCUGGUUUUCAUGCAAGCACAUCCAAAGGACGUCACAUCGCGUUCUCCUUCACCACAUGGAACGCGAUCUAGGAUCCCUUCGGACAACAAUCCGUUUCACACCAAUGGUACUGUCUCUGCGAAACCCCCUCCGCCAUCGUUGCCUCCGAAGCCCACCAAUCCCUUCCUCAACCGACGAGUGUCGCAGGACGGACCACCACCGCAAUCCGCUCCUCCAGGUGCUUCUACUUUUCCCGGAAUGCGCCCAUCACUGGAUGGCAAAGUCCCGCCAUUACCUCCUCGGAAACCUCCCGUGCUCCCACCCCCUCGUCAUGCGUCUUUGAGCGCAAACGCCAUGAACAUGCCGCGGGAUCCUCCGCCGCCUGUACCGGCUUUCCCCCGCAGUGCUUCCUCCAACAACACAUCGAACACGUUGAUUCAGCAGUCGCUCCAAGCCACACGCAUCGCUCAGAGCUUGAAGAAGGCGGAGCAAAGGCUCGAGCAGGAGCGCGUGAUGGAGGUCCUCAAGAGCAGUGCUGUCCCUCCACGGCGUAUGCGGAGCACCUCCCCCACGAAGCUCACGAGCAGCUCCGCGUCCUCGACCACAAGCUCAACUCCGUCGCUCCAUGUCCGUAACACCACCGUCCCCUCUCUCCCCCCUCGACGCAACCUCAGUCCUCCCGCGUCUACCGUCGGUGCGGGGACCGUACACUCGUUCGAGCAGGUUGCCACCGCCUCCCUCACUCCGUUCAACAAGAAGCGUAUGACCCUUCCCCCCGGCUUACCCUCGCCAUUCCCUCCCGAGCCCCCAGCACGGCGCAGCUUUGCGUCCCCCACCGUAUCCCCAUCUCGUACCCCUCCCCGUUCGCUCGCCGACCUACCCAACGAACCUCCCCCACGGCAUCCCGAUCGCAAGCCGUCGACAUACGCCGCCUCAAGCGUGAGCGCCGAUGAAGGGCGUUUCAGCACAAUCUCUGGAAACGCACGCGUCGGCCGCUCCAAGUCGAUGCACCAGGCCAGUCCCCCACCGGUCCCUCCUCCCCCACGCCGGAAGCGCCCUGAGAGCGUGCAGAUCUCGCCCUCCGGAUCUCCGCUCGACGCGACCCACUCCCCCUUCGCGGACGUCGUGAGCCCGCGUCGGGAACCGAGCCCGGGCUCGCCCUCGCACCUCAUGCUGUCGCGCCACCUCUCGCUCACCUCGCACCGCUCGCGCGAGCGCGAGCAGCAGCGCGACGGCAAGGAGCGGGGGCGAGACCCGAGCGACAGCCCCCUGGGGAGCCUGCAGCGGACGUUCACCUCGCUCUCACUCCGCGCGCAGCCGGCGCUCGACACGGCGCGCUACAAGGCCGAAGGCGCGUUCUCGCGCCGUGGGUUCGUGCCCCACCACGGCGCGGGCGCGGGCCCGUUCCGCCGCGAGGGCGACGUCCGGCGCGGGCUCAUGGGCGACGCGGACGGCGUCGGCGACUGCGCGAGCCCGGGCCCGGACAACGACGACGCGGACAGCAGCGUCGACCAGGACUCGGUCGCCGACGGGCUCGACGGCCGCGCGCGGAACGGGGCGAUGGGGAUGUCGGUGGAGGAGCGCGCGCGGCGGUGGAGGGAGGGCGGGGUGGACGUCACGGUCGAGGAGGGGAGCGGCGGGCGGAGGAUGGUGCUGGAGAGGGACGAGCUCAAGUGGCCCGCAGGCGACGGGUGGCGGCCGCUGUGA